CAGAGGGAGAGGGAGAGAAACAGUCCUUAUCGCUACGAUCAGAGACCGAGAGGACAUUUUUUAUAUCAAACUCUUAUCGCUGCGAUCAGAGACUUGAACGACAUUCUAUCAAACUCCUGCCACUGGGAACAAGGAUUCAAAGGGCAUUUUAUUAAAUUCCUGUCCCUCCCAACAGAGAUUUGAACCGACAGAAAAUGCAAGGAUCUGCAGGGUUGAUUUGUGGAUAAAAGACGAAGAUACGAUCUCUAGAAAAAAUUACUAGUGACUGGAAUCCAGUUUUUUUUAAGUCCAUCUUGCUUCAUUCCAUUGGAUCCUCGCGUUUCCUCGUUUGUUGGUUUUCGUGCUCAUAUUGCAGUUCCGAUCGUGUUUCCUCAGGAUGUUGAACUCGGAUCAAACUGACCUGGACCUGAACCCCAGCUCUUCCGAGAGUGAGUCGGUGCUGUCGGAUGCUCGGGGAGGUUGUGUGCGAGACAAGCCGGAUGAUGCCGAAGGCAAGCGAGGGGUCCAGCAGACAUUGAGCCGGGAAGAGAAACGCCGCCGGCGGAGAGCCACUGCCAAGUACCGCACGGCCCACGCAACCCGGGAGCGCAUUAGGGUAGAGGCCUUCAACGUGGCAUUCGCAGAACUUCGCAAACUGCUGCCAACUCUGCCUCCCGACAAAAAGCUCUCCAAAAUCGAAAUCCUUCGCCUGGCCAUCUGCUACAUUUCUUACCUAAAUCAUGUCUUGGAUGUCUAGGCAACGAGAGAGGAGGGAGAGAGAGAAAGAGAAACAGUGGAGAACGGAAAAGAAAAGUAAAGUUUGUGGAUUUAAAACUGAAAAUAAAAAUGUUUGAGGAGGUUGUCAAGUGCCACCGUUUCCAAAACAAAUGGAACUUUAAACUCUAUUUGUGACCUUAAAGUGUGUUAGUCGGUGCGGUAUAUUUAUAUUUAAUUUUAUUUUUUAUAAUUGUGCGUAUUGAUAAUUAGUAUAUUUCUAUUUUAUUUUUAUUUAUUUUUAUAUAAACGUGUGUCAAUUGUUAUUUUUGUGCCAUCUGUUCACAGUCGAGUGUUUACACUUUCUGUUGGAGAGCUGUAAGCUGUUAUUUCUUUCUCGCCGUGCUUGGUUGCUGUUUGAAAGCAGUGAUGUUUUUUGCUUCCCCAUAUCGCACUUGUUUCUAAAGGUAGAGCUUUUUACGUUUGUCUUAUUUCCACCCUCCCUUGUAUUUAAAUAUUUGGUGCAAUGAGUUUGUUGCUGUUUCUAGGAGAGUCGAGCACUCGCACUUCAUGCUUUAAUUUAAAUGGUUUAAGGUCCGUGGCAGUUGCUGUUGUAUAAAAUGUUUAUUUUUCUUGGUAGAAUGUGUCGCAGUUUGGAACACGGUAAACAAAGGAGGAGAAUCCCAGAUUGUGCAACAACUCCCAGCUAUUUAUUCCCCGGAUUAGUAUACCCCUUAAAACGUUUAUAAAAUAAUCUGGGCCCAUCUUCUCCUAGUGAAUUGAACCAAAAACUGAAUUUCUAAUGACUGCCCGAUCUCUGGUUAGCACCCCUGAAGUGCGCGGAUUUUGUAAAAAACAAAAAACAAACAAAAAAAGGACAUAUCAAACUGACAUCCAAAGAUUCUCGUCUUUUCAGGGUUUCUAAAUGUGUUUUUUGCCUAGUUCAGAAUAUUUUGUGGUUGAAAUAACGAGCUGGUUUCUAUAAGGUAGUUUUCAUAUCUA